AUGGCGAAGCGCAGUCGGGAUGAGGAUGCGGUGCGGGAGGAGGAGCGCUCGCCUAAGCGUGCAAGGCCGAGCACGGUUGACAGGUUGUCGGAACUGAGCGAUGAGCUCAUUCUUCGAGUACUGUCCUAUCUGCCGGUGUCGCAGCUAACUGUGUGCGAAAGACUGUCUUGCAAGUAUCGGGGCUUGGCAAGCGACAAUCAGCUGUGGAAGCAGAACUAUCACUCCCGUUUUGUAAGACCGAGGGCGAACAAGAUACCAGGAAGUGCAGAUGGUAUUGUGGGGAAUGGCACAGUCUCUUCCUCGGGAAUGAGGAGCUGGGCGGGCGAGGAGCAUCUGGUGAAGCAUGGAGUGUGGACAGCAUGGAAGAAGCAGUACAAGCUGAGGCAGAACUGGACGAAAGGCCAAGCGGCUGUCAGGGAGAUACCUGUGUCAGAGCAAGUCAGCAUCCCUCCUGUGUUGGUACAGAUGCAAGCAGGCAUAAUCUACAUGGCCGAUACGGAUGGCUUGCGUGCCUGGUCGACCAAAGCCGAGAAGAAGAUAGUAGCGCAGAUAUCCUUUGACCGCACCAGUCAGGCCUCGCCACCAACAGCACUUUCGGUGGACUCGAAGUAUAACGAGAAUCGACCGCGCAUACUUGUCAGUUUCGAGGAUGGUAGCUUUGCCGUUUACGACCUGGAUCAAGACCAAGCAUCGUUCCGCCACCUUUACACGCAUCCGUCUUCAAGCAAUGGUGUCAUAUCUGCUACGGCUCUGGCCUGGCCCUAUGCUGUAACAAUGACUGCCACCCAGUCGCUAUCGCUCUAUCACUUCAAGCAGAAGAUCAACAGAGGUGACUCUACUGUUGUCGUUGAACCACCACGACUACUGCACUCUCUCCGAUCGCGAACAGUGUGGCCUCCACUUUCGACAUCAUUGCGUGUCUCGCCAAGCGCUAUCACGAUAUCCGUGGCAUAUGCUCUACCGACAUAUCUAUCGGGAUGGACAGUAGGUCUGCAAGAAGUCCGCGUCUCUCCAUCUGGUAACUUCUUAAGCUCACGUGUCGCUUCAGCCAUUGAGCAGCACUAUCGACCACUUGCAUUCGCUGCUCCUCCACUUGUGCAACACCUCGCAGCACCAGUCAUCGGCAGCCUCGCCGCGUCAACUGCCACAGAACUUAGACAUAUUCAUUCGAAGCCGACAUCGUUAUCAUAUACCCACCCGUAUCUGUUGGUAUCACACCCGGACAACACCUUGGCCCUAUAUCUUGUUACCUCCACAGACGAUGCACUAUCGAUCAGUGCCGGCAGCCGACUGUGGGGCCAUACGUCCUCUGUCUCUGGUGCUCAUGUUGGCAAUCGAGGCAAGGCUAUAUCAGUCAGCAAACGAGGAGAUGAGUUGCGAGUGUGGGAACUGGAAGGGGGCUUCGGCUCGACGGCUGCCAAGAAACGACUUGCCACCGGUGAGCUCAGCGUGCAGAUAAGUUCCAACCGCAAACAGCAGUCGUCUACUGGCGCGUGUCAGGCGAGUGUGGACAUUGUCCACCAAGCCAUGCAGGCAAGACGAUCCAGUUCUUGCGCCACAGAAAGCCGGCUGGAGGAUGUUUCUGAGCUCACGCUGACGCGAGGAUGGGUCGGCUUCGACGAGGAAAAUGUUGUGCUCCUGAAAGAGCAGAGCCAUGGCAAGCAGGCCUUGGUUGUUUAUGAUUUUACGUGA